AUGACAAUUAAAGUUAAAGUAGAAUUCUUGGGAGGAUUAGACGUGAUAUCAAAUUCUAUCAGAGAACACAAAUGUGUUGUCCCCUACGAAGAAGGUGAAGCCACCAUGAAAGAGUUGAUUGAUCAUAUAACCAAGACCAUCAUCAGUGAUCCCAAGGAUAUUCCUGUGUUUAUAGAAGACGGAACCGUACGCCCCGGUAUACUUGUUCUUAUUAAUGAUACUGACUGGGAAUUGGAAGGUAUGGAGGAAUACGUUAUUGAAAGUGGUGAUGUAUUUACAUUUACCAGUACAUUACAUGGUGGUUAA